AUGUCACCUAAACCAAUUUAUCCGGACGUCUACAGGAAGCCCGAAAGCACAAGUGAAAAUAAAAUGCCUUUUAUUAAUAUCAAGAAACAAUAUCUAGCAGUCGGAAUGUUAGUUUUCGUAGCAUUAUUUUUUUUCAAUAGUCGACCGGCUUUCCAAUGCCAAUUUGCUCAGGAAGUGGCCACAUAUUAUCCUACGAUAUAUGGGAUUACCCCGACGUAUGCAAGACUUGCUCAAAAGGCCGAUCUUACAAGAUUGUCGCAAACAUUGUUACUAGUGAAGAACUUUCAUUGGAUAGUAAUAGAGGAUUCCGAGACUAAGACUAAGUUAGUCGAAAACCUACUCAAGGAGUCCACUUUGAAAUACACACAUCUUAAUGUGAAGACACAAAAGUCAAAGCUUUCCACGGCUAGCGGAGUCGAGCAACGGAAUAUUGCUUUGAAUUGGCUUCGGGAUCAUCUAAAAAAAGUCGAAGACAAGAAGGGUGUUGUUUACUUUAUGGAUGAUGAUAAUACAUAUUCCUUGAAAGUCUUUGAUGAGAUGAGGAAAAUUAAGAAAGUUGGAACUUGGCCAGUCGGUAUAGUAGGAGGUAUGAGGGUAGAAAUGCCACUUGUUACUAACGGCAAAGUGUCAGGCUACAAUGCUGUUUGGAAGCCUUACAGACCCUUCCCCAUAGAUAUGGCUGGUUUCGCAAUCAACGCGACACUGUUCUUAGAUCAUCCUGAGGCGAAAUUCUCCAGAAAAGUUCAAUCUGGAUUCCAGGAGAGCGAAAUAUUAAAAUACUUCACAAGCAAAGAAGAAUUGGAGCCUCUAGCGGAGAAUUGCACCAAAGUGUACGUAUGGCACACGAGAACUCAGAAACCUUCUAUAUUGAAUCCAAAGAAGCUAAAACAUCCGCCUAUACCCGACGAUCAUAUCGAAGUCUGA